AUGCCGCAUACAGAACCAGGCCAGUUUUUCAAAUUUAAACAACCUUCAGACACUUCAUCUUCAUUACCGCCACCACCUAUUGAUUUUACUACAGGAAAUUGGUCAUCACCAUCUUUACAAGGAUCACAAACACUGCCAGCAACAGAAAUGACAACUACAGAACCUGUACUCUCACUUAAAUCAACAUCCACAAAACCAUCAGACAUACUCAAAACUACAGAACCUAUACUCUCACUUACAUCAACAUCCACAAAACCAUCAGACAUACUCACAACUACAGAACCUGUACUCUCACUAACAUCAACAUCCACAAAACCAUCAGACAUAUUCACAACUACAGAACCUGUACUCUCACUAACAUCAACAUCCACAAAAUUGAUUGAUUGA